UUCCUCGCGGUAGCGUCAGCGAGGGCACCGGCGUCCCUAGCAGUGCGGGCGGUAACAAAUCACAAACAACAUAUUCCUUUCUAAUUUCCCACUCCACGCUCAAACCCGCGAAAAGCACAGCCUUUUCGAAACCAAACGUACAUAGGCCGUCGCAUGUGAACCGCAGAGUGCCGGUGGCAAAUGGACCGGAUCGAAGCAGCAAGCGAGCUCGCUUUCCGAGUCGGGUUCUCCGGCCACAGUGGCCACCUCCGCCUCGAGCCUCUCCCGCCGGUCGAACGCGCAGAUCCCGUGAAGUCACUGCCUGAUUUUAUCCUCCCACCUGCAUUUGCGAAGGAAACACCUGAAUCGAUAAAAGAGUAUAUAGAGGAGAAAUAUCUCUUGCCAAGACUGGACCCUGAAGAAUUUUCUCCACAAAAAUGUGGUAGGCAGUGGGACUUUGAUUGGUUUGAUAAGGCAGAAGUACGGCCAGAGCCAUCAGUGCCUCAAUUUGUUGUGGUUCCUACAUGGGAGUUGCCAUUCAGACGGGCAAAGAAGGGAUUGGUGCAAGGACAAUGGGAACCUAGUUCAGUUGAGGUGGAGUUAUCAGAACUAGUGGUUGCAGCUCAAGAUUCUGGAGCCUCGCCACGUGUGACUGGAUCUUCGAAGGAUUAUGUUAGGGGUACCAUUAACAACCGUCCUUUUCGCCCUGGUGGUUUGGAGAAUUCUCAAUCUUUAGGAAGGGUUCUUCCUCCUGGUGCAUCAAAUGGUGAAUGGGUACGUGAAGUUCUCAAUGGUGGUCCUGCUCAGUCCAUUCCUCCAAGCUUCAAGCAAGGUUUGGAUCUUGGCGAUCUCAAGGUCCAUUCGUACUCUUGGAAUGUUCAUAAGGAGCAAAGUGUGUUUAACAGUGCAACAGAUGAAAAUCUGAAUGAGUUGUCUGUGCAGUUCGAUGACUUAUUCAAGAAAGCUUGGGAAGAGGAUGUUGUUGUUGCAGAAUAUAAGGGAGAUGGUCAUUUGUCAGAUCCAGAGUCUGUUAAGUCAGAAAAUGAAGUCAGUGAGGUGGAUGUGGCUAGUGGUAUUCAGGACUCUGAGUCUGUUUUGCUGGAUGAGAUUCUGUCAGUUGAGUCCAGAGAAUCUGCAUCAGGAGCAGAUGGAACUGGUGAUGGUGGUGGACAACAGCAGAAAGAGGCCUGGGCUGUUAGUGGAAGUCGUGAAGGGAUUGCUGAUCAUUUUCAUGAACUUGUUCCUGACCUUGCGCUUGAUUUUCCUUUUGAGUUGGAUAAAUUCCAAAAGGAGGCUAUCUAUUAUCUUGAAAGAGGGGACUCUGUUUUUGUGGCAGCCCACACAUCAGCUGGAAAGACUGUUGUUGCGGAAUAUGCAUUUGCUUUGGCAUCAAAGCAUUGCACAAGAGCUGUUUAUACUGCUCCCAUUAAAACCAUCAGCAACCAGAAGUACAGGGAUUUCUGUGGGAAGUUUGAUGUUGGCCUUCUGACUGGGGAUGUUAGCUUGAGGCCAGAAGCUUCUUGUCUCAUUAUGACCACUGAAAUAUUGAGGUCAAUGCUCUACAAGGGUGCUGAUAUUAUACGUGACAUUGAAUGGGUUAUUUUUGAUGAAGUGCACUAUGUUAAUGACGUUGAAAGAGGUGUUGUUUGGGAAGAAGUUAUUAUCAUGCUUCCAAGGCAUAUCAACAUUGUCCUCCUUUCAGCAACAGUACCAAACACCAUUGAAUUUGCUGAUUGGAUUGGUCGGACGAAGAAAAAGCAAAUCCGCGUUACUGGGACUACAAAGAGGCCAGUCCCAUUGGAGCACUGCCUAUUUUAUUCUGGAGAACUUUACAAAGUAUGUGAAAAUGAAACUUUUAUUAAUCAGGGACUGAAAGCUGCUAAAGAUGCCUACAAUAAAAAGAAUUUGAGCAUAGGAAGCGGUGCUGGAUCACGUUCUGGGUCUGUAGCAGCCCAUGAUGGUGCUCGAGCUCAAAGGCGUGAAAACCCAAGCCGUGUAAAACAGAGUAAGCACCAAAAUUUGGGGAACUUCUCUGGAACUGGUGGGGUUUACCAAAACAGUGGUGGUGGCCACAGCAAUUGGAUGUCAAGAAGAUCAGAAGGUUCUAUAUGGAUGUCGCUUAUAAACAAGCUUUCAAGAAAGUCACUUUUGCCUGUGGUUAUAUUUUGUUUCUCAAAGAACCGGUGCGAUAAAUCAGCUGAUAAUUUGACAGGAAUUGACCUCACUAGUAGUUCUGAGAAAAGUGAAAUACGCGUAUUCUGUGACAAAGCAUUUUCGCGGUUAAAGGGAUCUGACAGGAGCCUACCGCAGGUUGUCAGAGUUCAAAGCCUUCUUCAUAGAGGGAUAGGUGUGCAUCAUGCUGGGCUGCUUCCAAUUGUUAAGGAAGUCGUUGAAAUGCUUUUCUGCCGUGGUGUAGUUAAGGUUUUAUUCUCAACUGAGACAUUUGCAAUGGGGGUCAAUGCCCCAGCCAGAACAGUUGUUUUUGAUAAUUUGAGGAAGUUUGAUGGUAGGGAAUUUAGACAAUUACUUCCUGGAGAAUACACUCAAAUGGCUGGUCGUGCUGGCAGAAGAGGACUUGAUAAAAUUGGUACAGUUGUUAUACUGUGUCGUGAUGAAAUCCCAGACGAGAGGGAUUUGAAGCACGUCAUAGUUGGAAGUGCAACCAGGCUUGAAUCUCAAUUUCGACUGACCUAUAUUAUGAUAUUGCAUCUUCUUCGCGUUGAAGAAUUGAAGGUGGAGGACAUGUUGAAAAGAAGUUUUGCUGAAUUUCAUGCUCAGAAGAUGCUUCCAGAAAAGCAACAACUUCUAAUGGUGAAGCUUGCUCAGCCUAUAAAAACUAUUGAAUGUAUAAAGGGUGAACCGGCAAUUGAGGAAUACUAUGAGAUGUACUCAGAGGUUGAGAAAUAUGGUAAUCAGAUAUCCGAGAUGGUCAUGCAGUCCCCUGUUGCCCAAAAAUUUCUUACACCUGGCAGAGUAGUGGUGGUGAAAUCACAAUCAGCCCAGGACCAUUUACUUGGGGUAGUUGUGAAGCCGGCUUCUAGUAAUAAUAAACAAUACAUUGUUUUAGUGCUGAUACCCGAUUUGCCUUUGAUGGUGCAAACUCAUCCGGCUAGUGGCAUUUUACAAGAUAAAAGAAGUGGGGAUUUUGCACAGGGUUAUGUAUUGGUGCCAAAAUCAAGACGUGGUUUUGAGGACGAUUAUUAUUCUUCUGGCACUUCUCGCAAAGGAUCAGGUAUUGUCCAUAUAAAAUUACCUCACCGUGGUGUUGCUGCUGGUGUAAGCUAUGAGGUUAGAGGAAUUGAUAGUAAAGAGUUCUUAAGCAUUUGCAAUUGCGGCAAAAUAAAGAUUGACCAAGUUGGGCUUCUUGAAGAGAGUAGCAGUUCCGCUUACUCCAAGACUGUUCAACAGCUGUUGAAUCUGAAAUCAAAUGGCAAUAAGUAUCCUCCAGCUCUUGAUCCAUUUAAAGAAUUGAAGCUAAAAGACGUGAAUGUCGUGAAUAAAUACAACAAAUGGAAUAGUCUAUUGCAAAAUAUGGCAGAGAAUAAGUGUCAUGGGUGUGUGAAAUUGGAGGAGCACAUUAAGUUGGCAAAAGACGUUAAACGGCACAAAGAGGAAGUUAAUGCACUUCAGUUUCAAAUGUCAGAUGAAGCACUCCAGCAGAUGCCAGACUUUUACGGCCGGAUAGAUGUUCUGAAACAUAUUGGUUGUAUAGAUGUCGAUCUUGUAGUUCAGAUCAAAGGUCGCAUCGCAUGUGAGAUGAAUUCAGGGGAGGAGUUGAUAUGCACAGAGUGUUUGUUUGAGAACCAAUUGGAUGACUUGGAGCCAGAAGAAGCUGUGGCAAUAAUGUCUGCUCUUGUGUUUCAGCAGAAGAAUGCUUCUGAACCUUCUCUUACCCCCAAGCUGUCUGAGGCUAGGCAAAGAUUGUACGAUACAGCAAUAAGACUUGGGGAACUUCAAGCUGAGUUCAAAUUGCAGAUAGAUCCUCAGGAGUAUGCUCAAGAAAAUCUAAAGUUUGGUCUUGUUGAAGUCGUUUAUGAAUGGGCGAAGGGUACUCCAUUUGCGGAUAUCUGUGAACUCACAGAUGUUCCUGAAGGCCUCAUAGUUAGGACAAUUGUCAGACUCGAUGAGACGUGUCGAGAGUUUAAAAACGCUGCUGCUAUUAUGGGUAAUUCUGCACUCUACAAGAAAAUGGAAUUUGCUGCCAAUGCGAUAAGGCGCGACAUUGUUUUUGCAGCAAGCUUGUACAUUACUGGGGUAUAGACUUGUACAGAAGCACUUGGUUCAUUUGUUUGUGAUCGACAUAAAAGAUUAUCAGUCAAUGCUUAACGUAGUUAACGUUUUACAAUUA